UUAGCGGAGCCCCCCGUGAAGCGCUAGACUGACCGGCUGGCUGACAGAUCGAGCUGCUCUUCACAUUUUCUGCUCCCGCUGCUCGCUCAGGUGGCCGCUGCGCCAACUUCAUCUCUGCGCACUGCCAAGUGCUGAUCGAGUGUGUGGAUGUGGAUUAGAGAGCGGUGUCCAACCGUCUGAGGCUGAACACCUGCACGUGGUGGGGGACUGUCUUCUUUUCCUUUACUUGACCUUCAUCCUCCCUCAGCUUCACUUCGCCUGUCAAACGAGCGCGAACGAUGAGCUCCUCUCUUCCCAAAAGCGAGUCGACCACCUCUCUACUGAGAACAUCGGGGCCCCGCCGCAGGUCUGCGCACGGGGAUCAUGGUCCACACGGUCACCGGAGCCACCGCUCUCACCAUCAUCCUUCCGGAGCUGGAGGCAGCGAUGAUGCAGUCAGCAGGGAAGACUGCGAGACCAGUUCGCGGAGACCUCUCUGUCAACCAAGACAUGCCGAUUCUCGGCACGUAAGUGACCAUCGUCGGACGCCGAAAAGUAAUACUCACCGGCAGCAGACUCCCCUGGAUGAUGAUGAUGAUGAUGAUGAUGACUACACUCAGGAGGAUGUGAGGCACAGGACUAGCAGGCACGAGAAAGAGCACAGCAGGUCAUCAAGAUCCAAACGCUCUCAUCAUCACCACCACGACUCCUCUCGAGGUGAGAUGCCCCCUGCUGCGCAUCUGCAGGGCGGAUCCAGGCAUGACAAGAGAGCCUCACCAACCCCAUCUUAUCCAAAAGACCAGGAUGAUGCUGCUUUCUUCUUCGAGCCCAGCGAGAGAGUCGUCACCGGGUCAUCCUCCAGUCUCAGCUCCGACGCACCUGCGACAAGCGCACCUGUCCGGCCAGCACCCAGCCGCAAACCCAAAAGACUGAACGCAGCAUCAUCUGAGUAUGACUCCAGUCUUCAUCCCAUAGUGAAAUCAGUUUUUGGCCAGGACCAGAAGAAGAACUACAAAGCAGUGCAAUCCUGUGAGGAGGGGGGAUCUGGGGGGGCCUAUCUUGAGCCACUAGUAGCCCUGGCCCAGAAUGGAGCCAACAUGCACAACGUACUGGGGCCUGCAUGCAUCUUUCUACGCAAGGGCUUCGCUGAGAGCCGGCAGGCUGAUCGAGAACUGAGGCCAGAAGAAAUGGAUGAACUGCGUGAGGCCUUCAAGGAGUUUGACAAAGACAAAGAUGGGUUUAUUGGCUGUAAAGACCUGGGGAACUGCAUGAGAACCAUGGGAUACAUGCCAACAGAGAUGGAGCUAAUAGAACUGAGCCAGCAGAUCAACAUGAACCUGGGAGGACAUGUUGACUUUGAAGACUUUGUUGAACUCAUGGGGCCCAAACUUCUGGCUGAAACAGCAGACAUGAUAGGAGUGAAGGAGCUGAGGGAUGCCUUCAAAGAGUUUGAUACUAAUGGAGACGGCGAGAUUAGCACAGCAGAGCUUAGAGAAGCCAUGAAAAAACUUUUGGGACAGCAGGUUGGACACAGAGAACUGGAGGAAAUUCUACGAGACAUCGACAUCAACGGAGAUGGACGCGUAGACUUUGAAGAAUUUGUGCGGAUGAUGUCUCGGUGAGUUCCUGGCAGAAAACUAAAAACACAGCCUGGAUCCUCUGCUGGGUUUGGAGGAAAAGGAGCGCAAGUAGCACAGAAUACUGAUGAAUCUUGAACUUCUGAAUCUGUCAAUAAAGAAGACAUGCAAAAAACAUAUCAACCCUGCCCUGAAACUGCCACGCUGAAGCACAAAUGCUGACGACUACAGUCGGGAGCAACACUGUUGAGAAUUAUAUGCUGCUGCUGUUUCCUAGAGCAUAAACAAAACCAAUGGCUGCAUUUCUGACUUUUGCAAAGUAUAUUUUAAAAACAUAUUUUCCUUUAAUGACAACAUUUCUAAUGUUGAUGUGCUUUUUCGACCCAAUGGGUGAAGGGUAAAGCUAUUUUGCUCACCUAUAAAAUACAUGCUAUUAUACUUUAAUAACUGUAGCAAUUAAGAAGAGGCAGCAGUAUGCCAACAAACACCCAAACUAAUAUAGCACAUUCCUUUUUUAAUGCUGACAGUAUCUUAAGCACAAAUACAAAUGGCAAUAUAGAAAUAUGUCAUGUGACCUUGUCAAAGCAGUGUGUUUGUGUUUCGUGCAUACUGUUGUUUCUUUCCACCUUAUGCUGUACAUGUGUUAUGUCACUGGAGACUAUUGUCAAACCCCGAUUAAGGCAAGCCAGUAUUUGUUUGGUAAUUAUGUGUUACGUAGCACAGAUACAGUUCUCAUAACUUUAAUAACAUUUUACCUAUUUUACUGUGAUAAAUAUAUACUAUAUAUAUGUGUGUCAUUGCCACUGUGCAUACGACUGACAGACUCCUUCAAUGGCAACUUGCUAAUCUUGAAGAUAGGCCUUAUUUUUAUAUGUACAGCGUGUUUUGCUAUGGCUGAAUUACUCUGCAAGCAUACUCAGAAUCCAGAAAAGAUGUUUUGACAUUGAGAAAUCAUCUACGCCUCACUGUGUAGGUGUGCGAUCAAACAAAGAGGUAAAUUAUAGCUGGAAGAGGGAUUCAGUCAGUGCUUUUAUUUUUAUCAGCGAGCUUUGAUAAUUGUUGGUUUCUUUUACUGAGUAAAACUGAGUGAACAAAACAUUUCUGAAGUAAAAAAAAAAAAAAAAGAAAGAAAAAGAAUCACACUUGGUGCAAGUACACUUUUACCUUUAAUACCUCAAAAUCAGUCAAACAAUAAACCUCACUCAUAAACUCCCUCCUGGCACAUUCUUAUCUUAAAUACGCUGUAUGGAUAACAGUAUUGGGCCACCCCCACAGCUAUAACAGCCUCUACUCUUCUGGGAAGGCUUUCAAUAAUAUUUUGCAAUAAUAUUUUGGAGUGUUUCUGUGGGAAUUUUUGCCCACUCACCUCACUAUUUCCAUUCUAGUUCAUCCCAAGGGUGUUUAAUGAGAUUGAGGUCAGGGCUCUGUGGGUUCUAACACACCAAACUCAUCCAACUAUGCCUUUAUGGACCUUGCUUGGGCGGACAUUCAUGCUGGAACGCCAAACAGUUCCCACAAAGUUGGAAGCCCAUAACUGUCUAAUAUGUCGUGGUAAGAUGAAGAUUUAGGUUUAAGACCGCAUGGAUAGGCGGUUGAUUUUAUACACCUGUGGCAAUGGCACUGAAAGAAACACUUGAAGAGGUGUAGCCCAAUACUUUUGUCUGUGUAGUGUACCAGUUCCAUUACCUUCAUUAACAAUAUUUCCAAGGGAGCAGUGGAAGCUUCUUUAUGGAAAAAAAAAACGCCAAAGAAAGUUUACAAACACUAUCACGUGAGUCUAAUCCACUUUGGUAAGUAGCUGCAAUAUUUUUCAGAAAUUUGAUGCACUGGAUUACAUUUUCAAAAUGGCUGUGUGAAAUGCCUUCCGUUGUCGGGACAGCUAAAUUAUUUGUAGACUGUUUAUGAAUGGAUGUGAGGGUAUAUGCAUGCUAUUUAAAAAAAUGAAAAUCUUAUGUUGUGAUUUUACUUGUCUUAAUUGUGUGAAACUAUGCAUGCUAAUAAAUUACUGCAAUUUGUAGCAGAAUCCAUAAAAAAUAAAGGUUUUUAUUCCAUCUUGAGAUUAA